AUGCUCUCAAUAGACACUUUCCUUCAGUUUCUCGAUGUGCUGCAGUGCUGCUCGACGGAAGAGGCUGUCUGCCAUGACCCUAUGAUGCUUGCUGGUGGGGAGGGCGCCACAGUGUCUCAGAUGAGCGAAGGGCUGCUUCGCUGGCUGCACUCCAAAGUUGCCGCAAAUCUUCGCUGUGAACUCCUCCUGGACGACAGUGCACGAGCAACUUCCUCGAAGCGGUACACCGCUUCCUCAAAGAAGCCGAUGGUGCCCAAGAGCGGAGCUACUCUAUGUGAUGCCACGCCUGCAACCACGGCAGCUUCAGCAUCUCAACGGGGCUCUGCACUCGCAGGGCCAAGGGAGGACGAUUGCCUGCGCGUCCGGGCCGCUGCCUCUAGCGCAGCACUUGCGAUGCUGUCGAUGGCGCUGUGGCCUCUCGUGCAGGAUCCUCAGACGGCAAUCAGCACAGCCGGCGACACUCGCGAGACCUCUGCCGUGUGCCAGAUCGAGCGCGUGUGUGCCGUGCUGCUGCGCCUCGUCACUUCUAACCUCGACGGCUGCCAUGGUGCCUGGGCCGCUCAUGAACCAGCUCCGUCGCCCUCCCUGAUCUCGUCGAGCGCAGUUCGGCUGCACCUUGCCGCGUCUCUUAAGAUGUGGAUGCACUACUUCCUUCUAUUUUUUAUGGAUUGGCUGCAUUUCCUUCGAAGUUCGAUACCGAGUGCCUCAGACAUCGCUACGAAGCAACAGAGAGCUGCUGCCGCUGCCACUGGCGCCUUGCGUCGCCAGACAAGGAAGCCAACCGCAGAGGCAGUCAGGGAUGGUGACCGACAAACGCUGCAGAGAGGACAAUCGGCUCUGCUGCCCGAUCCGUUGCGUGGCUGCCCGGCUGACCUCGCGCGACACCCGCUGCACUAUUACGCUCAAGCGCUUCAGCGUGUUGCUGCCACUAUCGAAAGCGGGUGUGGCACCGCGCCCAAGCGCAGCAGCGAAGGUGACGAUGACGAGCUCUGGGCCACCUCACAGUCGUGCGCUGAACACCAUAAGUGUGGCUCACCUGCUUUGCCUUGUGUGUCUGCAGGGCGGCGACGUGGCGCACCCCUCGGCGGCUGGGGAGCGGUGCGUAGGCGAUGUGUCGAGGCGAGCAGCAACAGUAGCGUCAGCGACGGCAGUGCUACGCGUUUUCCCACUGAAUCGCCGCCCCUCUUUUGCGCAUUCGCCCCGCAGCGUCGACGAAGGGCACCGGCCAAGUCACUGCCCAAGCGCCACGCGUUGGGCGGCCCUGAUGCAUCGGCCGACGACGAUGUGCCGCUCUCGGAGCUUGCUGAACGUCUGCGAGCGCGUACGCUGGUGUGA